CGACCACGAUUCCACCCUAUUCUGUUUUUGCUUCUUCUCUGCGUGCCUCCGUUCUCCUCUUCUCUACUUUGCAAUACGAUCCACCGUCGUCUGUCGUUGGCCGAAGCAUUCACGAUAUAUCCACUGAUCGGCACUGUUCUCCUUCUCCUUUGCAGUUCAGGCCUUAUAUACGCAGCAUAGCGUUUAAGAGGUAGCUGAAAACAUGGCCAAGCACCAUCCUGAUUUGAUUAUGUGCAGGAAGCAGCCAGGAAUUGCGAUCGGACGACUUUGUGAGAAAUGUGAUGGCAAGUGUGUGAUCUGUGAUUCUUAUGUGCGUCCUUGCACGCUUGUCCGGGUCUGCGACGAGUGCAACUACGGGUCCUUUCAGGGUCGUUGUGUCAUCUGUGGAGGAGUAGGGAUCUCUGAUGCUUACUACUGCAAGGAGUGUACUCAACAGGAGAAAGACAGGGAUGGUUGCCCUAAGAUUGUGAAUCUAGGAAGUGCCAAAACUGAUCUGUUUUAUGAACGUAAAAAGUAUGGUUUUAAGAAACGAUGAGGGUGGUGGUGGUGGUGGUGCCGCAUUCUUGUUCUUGAUAGAUUUGUAUCUUACUAUUAAGGCUGCUUUUGAGAUAAAUGUAUUUUACUUGGAUGUCAGGCAGGAAAAGGAAUGUAUGCAUCCAUUUAUCUGAUGCAUGAUAUGAAUUGUUAGUAAUAUGCUAAGCACGAGACUUUUUAGUAUGCCUGCUUUCCUUGGGUGAUGAAGAAAUGGCUACUUUUUUAUUUUGAAGAAAUAUAACUUUAAACUUUAAA